AUGCCGUCCUGGUGGAAGCGCUCCAAGUCGGCGUUCCACCGCUCGUCCGUCACCUCCGCCUCCACGCCGUCGUCCCCCGCGCGGGCGUCCACCUCGCGCGUCCAGCCCGGACCCGGAGGCCGCGCGGGGAGGCGGGGGGACCUCCUCGCGCCGCCCAAGCUCACGCGCCAGCGGAAGCUGCGCCACGUCGAUGUGGACUACGUCGACGUCGAGCUUGGGGACCUCGGCAUCGACGAUGUCUCCGACAGGUCAUCCUCCUCCUCCCCGCCGCAGCAGAGGGGCCGCUCCUCGGCCUCCGAGGCCAUUGGGAUCCCGGUCGGCACCCCCAUCUCCAGGUCCGCCAGCGCCAGGGAGGGUGGGGCGCAACCGCCCCGGUCCGCGUCCUCGCCCAUCCUGCACCCGCUGCCGCUGCCCUCGCCCAGGCCGCCGGACCCGCUCGGGGCCGCCGAUGGGUGGGGCGACAGGACGACGCUCGCGCCCAGGGUGAUAAGCCAGAUUGCACAGAAGUUUCCUGAGCACAAUGAAUUAUUACCAAAUGGAACAAAACGGGCUACCUUUAGUCACCACAGGAAUGCAUUCCGUGAGAAGUUCCAGGAUAAGAGUUCACCAGAAAUUAUGAACUUUCAGUUGAACAUUCCUGCUAAAAGUGCUCCGAGCAGUGGUUUUUCAAGUCCUGUGUGCAGCCCUCGAAGAUUUAGCAAUGCUGACUUCUCAUCUACUAUGGCACCUGCUCAAGGACCCCUUGUGUGGUCCGCUCCAUCUAUCCAAUCAACAGAUUUUAUGGGAGUUUCAUUCUCUCCUGAAAAAUAUGCAGGGGUUCCAGACCGAUCUUCUUUCUCUAGUGCAUUAAGAAGUCCUAUUCUUAUGCCAAGGAAUACCAGUGCCCCUCCAUCACCUAUGCACUCUAAAUUGUACCCAGAUAACAAUAUUUCACGCAUUGAAGGAAAUGGGAGUGUCAGCUUUCACCCAUUACCGCUCCCUCCUGGUGCUUCAAGUCCAAUGCAAACAGGUUUUACCACUCAAUCUGCUCCAAAAGUUGAAAUGCCCUCAGUGGCUGGUCAGUGGCAAAAAGGAAAACUUCUAGGUAGCGGCACAUUUGGUUGUGUGUAUGAAGCUACCAAUAGGUAUGGGAGUGUAUUUGGUAUAUCAUUGAUACUAGCACGUCAUUAUGAAUUCUGA